AUGGCUUCGUGCAACCCUUCUGCUACUCCGGUUGACACCAAGCAGAAGCUCAGUUCUUCUUCUAGGACUCCUUGUCAGGAUGCCACCUUGUAUCAGAGUCUUGCUGGUGCUCUCCAGUAUCUCACCUUUACUCGUCCUGACAUUUCUUAUGCAGUUCUGCAGGUUUGCUUACAUAUGCAUGCUCCGUGCACCGAGCAAAUGCUUGCCCUCAAGCGUGUCUUACGCUAUGUUCGUGGCACCUUGACUUAUGGUCUACAUUUGUAUCCCUCCCCGAUUGAGAAACUUGUUUCUUACACUGAUGCUGACUGGGGGAUGUCCUAA